AUGUUGCUCAACCUCACCUCGGCAGCCCCAUACCUUCAAAAGCAAGGCAUCUGGGGCCCAGUAACGGCGACCUUGGACUGGUGCGAAGUCAACCACCAGUUUUCGCCCUACAUCGCCGAAAUGGCUAACACUAUCUCGAACCUCUUCACCGUCGCGAUUGCCCUGGUCGGCUACCAGCAGGCCAUAGCCCAACAACUCCCCCUGCGAUACGGCCUGGGUUAUCUGGGUGUAGCCCUCGUUGGGAUCGGCAGCUUUUUCUUUCAUGCGACCCUUCAAUACCAUGCUCAGCUUGCAGAUGAACUCCCAAUGAUCUAUGUCGGCUCGAUGUCUUUGUGGAUGCUCUUUGAUAGCAAGCCUGGCUUUGGUCUGAAGUCGUCCAGAACCAGGUUUUUGCUUGCGGCAGCCUUGCUGCUCGACGUCCUGUUUACCUGGAGCUACAUCGUGUAUCGAAACCCUAUCUAUCAUCAGUUUGUCUUUGGGACGAUGGUCGUAUCCACCGCCAUUCGAAUCACCUACAUCUUGCGCUACUCGGACGACGCCCCGCGAAUCCCUGCAAAGAAAAAGGAAACCAUUGGCACGCUGUUUACCAUCGGAGCUGUCCUCUUCGCCACAGGUUUCUUACUAUGGAAUCUCGACAACGGCUUUUGCCAUCGCCUCACUCAAUGGAAGCUACGACUUGGGUGGCCUCAGGCCUUUGCUCUCGAAGGCCAGUUGACCCUUUGCACGAAGGACCGUCCGGAGAAUUAUCAAGUCUUUUUCCGAUAUGGUCUUCCCCAUCUCGGCAGAGUGGAUGAGGUAAAGAAGACAGAUUAA